CGGAGUGUCGGAGAGAAGCUUCGGACAGCAAAAAACAGUCGCAGAAUCUUCUGUCAUGACGGAAUAGAACAGUUCUCGAGCGGUUGUUGGAGUGAAAGAAGUUGUAUUCUACUAUGAUGUUGUUUGUCCAUUCGCCUUUAUCGCAAGUAAGCUGAUAGAGGGUGUUGCUCGUCGAACUGGGGCAAAAAUUAGGUGGAAACCUGUUCUUCUAGGUAAAGUAUGUAACACUAAUCGCAUGAAUGUUGACGAGGCAAAUUUGAUUUGUUUAUUUGAUUGGCGUAAUAGCCGAUACAAGUAAUUUAUUAAAAAACGUGCAUGUUAUCCCCAAACUUUAACAAAGAAUUGGAAAACAAAACAAAACAACACAACAAAAAAGAAGACCCCCGUCUUUGAGUGUCAGUCAAAACUCUGAUUUGCACAGGACGCCCAGGUUUAGUAAUACUGAAUUUGAUUUUUAACUUGUUUGCUUACCAUUCUCAGUACGAGCUGAUGACUUAAUUUUUUUUUAGGUUUCAUUUUUACCUUUUAUUGAAGCAGGGCUUCUUGGGAGUCUUCUCCUCAUGUUCCUCUGCGAUAAUCUCAACCAAGAAAUAACGUACUUCACAAGAACAACAAGAAGUUAAAGGGACAGUGUCCCAAUUAUGCGCAUGCGUGAGCGUCAUCUGUUUUUUCUUCAAAAGACAAUAGAACUAUCAUAUUGACUAGAGAAGAUUUCCUUCUGGACCACACCGCCAAUGGUGAUUUGUUGUUUACAUUCUCAAGUAAUAUAUUAGACUUUCGAAGAAGUCUUUAGUUUUAUUUAAAAUUUGGCUCAUGGCACGAAGACUCAUUGCGAUUUUAUCGCUAGCAGGGCCGCCUCGCGACCCGAAAAUCUUGUUCCGCUCGCUUUAAGAACAGCUUUUCUAAUGUUUAAGUCGUGUCAGAGGUCAAUUGUUCCCCGUCCAGUAAUAUUUACCUGAUUUGCUCGCAUUCUAGCCUCAAACGUUUGAAAGACAUAAAUAAAAAUGCAAUCUCAAUGCUAUGAAUCAUCACAAAGGUUAGUCAUGAUUUCAUGGCGCUAGUUUUUAUAAACAUGAAGCACCUCUUUGUUUGAUUUUGUCUGCCAUAGGGAGGUUCAUUUAAAAGUUUAAGGACACCUCGUUACAAAAGAUUCUGUUCUACGAAGCUUAAUUGCACAAGAUCUCCUCAGCCACAUCAAUGUCUCAAUGGUUUCUUUCUUACAGCCUUUAUUGCUGUUUCAUUUCUUCUUAUUCCUUUCACAAUUAUCUGUAGUGGGCUUGUAUGGAAGCUAGCAGAAGAAAUAAGCCUUCAAUCGGCAUAAAGUGCUUCCCAUCUUUUGGUCCUCCCGCGGCCAGCAGCAAUAAAAGUAACGCCAAAAAUCCCGAUUUUGCCCAAAUCAAAGCUUUCGAAACAAUAUAUCAUUGAUCUGUAAUCCUGAGAAGUUUUAGUGUAGUAUUGAACUCGCGAGGCCAAGCGUGAUGCAAACAGAUUUUUCAAGGUUUUCUUACUCUCCUAGCAUCUUUUGAUUUCACAACAUCCUGUCCAAAAAUCAAAGUUUGGUGCAUGCGCAGUAACGGGAUACUGUUCCUUUAAUUUUGACAGUUUCCCUGCCUCCUUUCCCAGUACAAGACCACUUCAAACAACUGCUCACCCCUGGGCCCUAAGGGCCCGACUUUUCCUGGGGGUUGCCUUGAAAGGGCAAAGGGGGUGGUAGCCAGUAAAAUUCAACCGUGCAUUAUUGUUUGGAAAAAUCAUUCAUAGCCCCUGAAAUUUCUAAUGUUAUUGAUUUGUAAAUCUGAAAACAAUAAGUAUUCUAAGCAAAAAAAAGCCUGGACAGUUUGUUGCACAACGAGUGUUCUGACCAGGUGGAUGAAUAAUAGUCCUAUUGUCAGUGUAAUUUCCUUGUGCAGAGCAACAAUACUUUACCUAGCUGUUGAUUGUGGUUUUUGGUGUUAUAUACAUUUCUUUUUCUUAUUUUCUGAUAUUUAAAGGUGGCCUGUACAAAGGGACACAGGCACCCCAGGGUGCUGCAGGAUCUGCAUAUGAUGAUAUGUGUGCCUCUAAAAUCAAGAUAUUAGCUGAUGGUAAGGAUUUACAGGCCUCAAAAUAUUUGUGAGCAUGCUUGUUACCAUUUUUUGUAAUAAUUAUAUACUGUCAAGGCUGUGCUCUAAGGAAAAUUGAAGGGAGCCCAGUGCUCUGAAACUGUAAAAUCUAGGGUGCCCAGCAUAUGAUUUGUAUGAAAAAUCUGAGAUUUUCUAGUCACCCGUGGGCAAAAGUUAGGCGCCAGGGGCCACCGGGCUCUGCUAGAGCACAGCCCUGACUGUGUAUACAGUUACAGUUAAUUGGGAACCGAAUGUAAUUUAACACAACUACAUGUAAGGAAAUGAACAGAUACAGUCAAACCUCUAUUAAGUGGUCACCCUUGGAAAUUAGCCAGCUGACCUCUUAAUAGAGGUUUUCUAAAAAUAUUAAGCCCAUAAUGUGGCAGAAAUUGACAUAGAGGGCAAAGUUCAUCAGUCUUUACAGUAUUAUUUAUUGUUCAUACAACAACAGGAAAUGUGAUAAAAGUAUCUGGAUGUUCUGAGGAGUUCAUACCUAAACAACAAAUUUAUUUUUACAGUAAUGUCGUUUGUAGGGCAAGCAUCUUUUCAAUCAAGCACAUCAGCAAUUUUAAAACCUUUUUCAACAUGGAGAGAGAGAUGUGUAUUUAAUACUGGGGUUACAAUGUUAUGUUGCGUCUGAUCAAUUGUGAAAGAAACUGGAAUUACUUCAGUUAUCUUCGUGUUAAAAAAUAUGGCAAUUAUUAAUUGUUAUGUGACAAGGUGAGAGUUUAACAGAGGUAAAUUAUUACAGUGAAUUAGCCAAUUGGGAAAUCCAAACAGUGACCACGUCCACUUAAUAGAGGUGAGCGUUCAAUAGAGGCCAUAGAGGGUGACCACUUAAUAGAGGUUUGACUGUAUGUGGUUCAGCCAGGGAUUGAAGUGGGGUCUCUAAAUAGGUCCAGCUAUCCUGGACAAAAGUGCUUGGGACAGUGUGGCAGUAUUUUCUUUAAUUUCUUGGUGCCCUCAAAAAACAGUGCAACUGAGUUUUCCAAAAAUGUCUGGCAGGUCUCCCUCCACCCUGCCGUAAAUCCAACCUUAUUUGUGGGAUGGGGGAAGGGGUUGGGCAUGUGUGAUUUUAAGGAAGCCCAACAAAUGCAAGUUUGUCCCAAGAUUUUGUCCAAUUGAUUGUAGUUUGGAUGCUGGUAAGACCACUCAACCACUGAACUAACUGCGCCUGGAACAUUAUUGCGGUUCAUGGACCUUUAAGUAGCCAGGUCUGGGGGUAUCAACACAUAUUUCUGUACUGAUGAUCACUUCUCUAUCCCCCAGACAAUGGUUGAUGCAAAGCCCUAUCCCACUAAGGAAUUUAAGAAUGGGGAAAGAAAUGUGGACAACUGAUUAUCACAUAUUGUCUUGAGGAUAACAAACCUACGGUAUUUCCUUGAAUAAUAGCCGUCCCUUGAUUAAUUGCCUCCCUCAAAUAAUCGCCCACUCUUCACCCCUCUCGCCAUCUUCUCUUUCUCUUAUACCCUCCCUGUCAACUUGAAGUGGAGUCAGAUCCAGCAGAAUGAUCAGUGACGAUUCAAGCUCUGACACCCAGGAUAUUGAGGCCGGAAAUUCAUCAAGGAACCAAAUUUGGAAAAAAUACUUAGGACACAACCUCCACUGAGCAAUUAUUUGAAAUAAUCGCCUUCCUCAAAUAAUCGCCCCCUUUUUGUGAGAAAAAAGAAUAUAAUAAUCACCCCUGCCUAUUAUUUGAGGAAAUACAGUAUUCCUGUUUAGAUGGCUAAAGACGUUAUUCACAAUACCCACCAUCUUUGCAUGGGCUUUAAGACUGAAGGGAUAAAAGCCAUAUCACAUGGUUUCUCAGAGGGCAAACAAGUAAAAACUUCUGCCAAUACAGGAGAUCAGGGUUGUGUUUGUUUAUUCUAGACUUUAGAAAAUGAAGAACUUUUUAUGUUUAAUAUAUAUUUUUGGUGUAGCCAUAAGGAGUGAAAAACACAAAUAAAAAAGGGGGGGUCACCGUCCUCGUUUCAUCACAAAAGGACUGCAAAAAGAUGAUUUUGGCUUUAAAUGAUCAUUUUGCACGGGGGAACUGGGGCUAGUUUCAAGACAAACACCUUUUUAGCUGAGUAUAAUUAUCAAAAUUGCCAUCAAAAGCAUUAUGAGUGCAAAGGGAGCCAAAAUGACCUCUUUUUAGGCGACCGGUGAAAAUCACUGCCACCUUUGAAGUCGCAAUGUUAUGGGCACUAGGUGAUCCGCAGUGCAAAAUAAGGGAACAGUAAAAAUCUGGUUUGCCCUUAUUUGUGAAAUUAAAGGAUUAGAGAAGGCCUCCAAAGUCAUUUUCUACAAUGGAACUUAAAGAUCAGUGUUCAUACACGAGAGACCAGUUUGUACUCUGCGGCACUUAACUUGAUUUGUGUUGUUUCACUUCCUGUCACCGCACUCUCAGCACCUUCAACAGGCUAAGGAGCUUGCGUGAACUAUUUCUACCGCUGGCCAAAGGCGCUGUUAUGAUGCUCUCUCUGCUGAGUUCCGUGUGCAGUGUUCAACACAAGUACCGCUUCUCCCUCGGAUAUUUCUUGUCCCUGUUCCGGUCGGAAGUAGGGAAAGGUGUGGAGCUUCCAACGGAGAAGCUAGAAUACGAAUGCGGAGACAGCGUUUAUAUAUCGGGGCUGUCAAAUUGAAAAUGGCUUAGAAUGCGGUUUUGUUUAACACCGGGUAAAAUUUGUUUUAUUAGCAACACGUUAAUUUUCAAGGUUAUUCAGGAUAGACUGAAGGGCCACUUUUAAUCACCCACCAAACGAACCAACUCGCUUGCAGCACUGCUGAGAUAAACAAGUUGCCAAAUGUACAAAACUAAGAAUUGAACCUAGUUAAUUCGCCUUUUACAGGCCCACAAUGUACAGUGCCAACAGAUAUCUGUGGGACACGGACAGGAAGAGGUCAUUGAUGUUGCCUUGGCAACGGCUGUGUGGACUGACACUUGGCUGGUAAUAGAAAACCUUCAAUUGGCUUCUCGUCUAUGGCUGGAGCAACUCUACAAUCGGUUAUCGAGGCUUCAAUUACAAGCUGGUGCGUAUCAUUUUGAUGUGGGAGGGGAAAGGAUGAUCUUGAAGGUUCGGUGGGGAGGUGGGAGUUUUUUUGCCCAAUGUUGAACGCUGUGGACUCGUAAAAGGGAGUUAGGGUCUGUUUGUAUGAUACCGGAAUGACUUUCGUUCUGAAAUGAGUUCUGUUCCAGAGUUAAGUUCGUAUUGCUUUCAAGCGAUCUCACUCGCGUGGUUUUCGCGCCAGUCAAAUACGUAUGCGCCAUUCGUGCCAGACUAUACGAUUUGCGAUGUAAGAUCCAGAACAAAGUUCGUUUUCAGUUUACAUGAUACCAGAAUUUGUACCAAAACGACGAUUUUAUUCGGAAUAAAAACCAGAAUGACUUGUACGGGAACGAAAUGGUCUUUUGGUAUCAUGCAAACAAAUGCAGAGAAAUAUAUGGAGACGGAAUGAACUCGAUCCAGAGUGAAAGUCAUUCUGUUAUCAUUUGAAUAGCCCCUUAGUGUUUUAAACAGCUGGUGUUUUAGACACAUCCACAUUUGAAAUCGUAAAGAACAAAUCGUCUGAAGCAAUGAGAUCAACCCAACUGGUAUGACAGUGAUUUUCUUGAACGUCUGUCACAACGUGAAAUCUGAGGAACCAUUGCCAUCAUUUUACCCCUACACUUUAUUAUGUACUAGUCAUUCUGCUUGGCUUUCUAAAAUCGUAUUUAUCCCAAUUAUUUACGUAUUUGGUACCAUUCGGAAAUACAACAUGAAAGCGAGUUAAGCAGAAUGUCCAUAACCAGGCUAUUUCAACUAGAUGCUGCGCAUUAACACGAACAUUCAGUAACACAUUGUGGUGAUAUUUUCUCUUAUGGCGUUUGUAGAAACUUCAUCAACUCCUUCUCAGUGGCGAGUGUUUCUUCUUUGUGAGCCAGCGGAUCACUUGCCAGUGGGGCUUCUUUUUGCCCAUCAGCUGGCUUGGGGCGUGGUGCAGAGAGAAGGACCGGUGUAUCAGGCCCUGGACUCCACGGACCUGGACUUGAAGUCCCUUAUAACAUCAACACUCGAGGUAUGAUAAAUUUCAUUUCACUAAUUGGCCCUUUGCAGGUAGCCCUUCACGUGGUACAAAACCGCCGUGCUAGGGAGCAAACGUCGCACCGGUACAAGACAAACAAGAGACAAACAUAAUUUUAAAUGGUACUUUUCUCUGCUUGUCUGGUCCCAGUGUGACUUUCUCGCCAGCACGGCGGUUUUAUACCACGUGAAUGGCUAGCUGCAGUGCCUAUUGAAGUCAUAGUAGAUGGCGAAAGAAGAAGCCAUUAUUGGCUAUUUUGAGGUUCAACCUCGUUCCCAGGGCUUCUCCCUUAAAAUGGGAGGAAAAAGCCCUGGGGACGACUUUGUUUGAGGUUGCACGAGAGACUUGGUCGUUUAUGUGCCGAAUUGCAUUAUCGGAUUGUUGUGGGGGGAGCGGGGGUGGGGGACGAAUUUUAACCAACUUUUCCGUAAAAUCUCUUUAUAGCCAAAAUAAAAGCGUAACCUUUGCUAAACAGACUCAGUAGAAAGAAAUAGUCAAAUGUUCUUGUCUUGUGUAGUGGCAACACUAAGAAACUGUGUUUUUUGGGUAAAACAGGCCGUUCCAAGAGCGUAUUGGAAACAAGCUCGUGACCAGUCCCUUGCUGUUCGUUCCACUUUGUUUGGCCUGUGCGUAAGCCACCGUAUCCUGCUCAUGCGCCGUCAGCUGGGGACGCGAGCAUCCAGUGGUCGCUACCCUCUGUCCACGUGUGACUUGUUAACUGCAUUUGGGAUGGUUAUUGGUUGGGCCACGAGGCAAGAUGGGCUGAGUGCUUCACAGUUAGAAGCACUCUCUGAGAUGAUUUCCAAGGUAAGUUGGAAGAACCUUUGUAAAUUUUGUUAGAAGAUGUCUUAGAAGUCUUGACCUUUUUGCGUGGUUUGUUUGCUUACAAUGGCACUAAAAGAUUGUUUUUGAAACUCCUCGCUCGCGGCAAAUCAACCUUACGGGGGAAGCGCGUUCUUGGUUACCAGAGCACCCCUUCUUCUAAGGGCAACUAAUUAACCCACCCACCCACCCGCAACCCCUUUUCUUACUUUACAUACGUUCUAGGGCUCAUUCAUUUGCGUCUUAAAUCAGUUCGCGAAACAGAGCAACUGAUGAAAAUACUGAGACUGGUAUGGAUUACUUUACUUCCCGUUGUUUUUGGCAUAAAUCAUUACUACUGGUGCUUAGUGACUACACUUCCUCUUUCAAGGGAAAGCGGCUGGUUUUUUUAGACCCAUUAAACGGGCAGUUUUUCAAAUUGCGCGUAUAAGUCGAACAGGCGGGGAUCGGGCGCGUUGUUUCGAGCUUGUUCGACCGUAGACGCGAUUUUUCGGCGAUUUUCUCCUUUUUCCCUAAUGCUACUUACGGGAACCGCUGCACAAAAAUUGAAAAUUCGCUACAAAAUCGAAUGACUUUAAGUUUUAUUCUUUUAAAUUCAAGGGGAGUUUAUGGGGGGAAAAUCACGGACCAUUGGGACCGCCGUUUGGUGGAAAUGCUAGUGUAGAACGAGAAUACAACGAGACACUGUAAGAUCAGCGUUAAAUUUUCAGCGAUGAUGGAGGUUUUCUUCUUUAGUGUUGUGGGUGAUAAUUAACUCGUUAAUUUUUGAGGCAGAAUUCCCUGCUAUCAGAGGCCUCUUGUCCUCUUUUCCUCCCGCCUGCCCAAUAAAAGGGAACAGAGGCCUCUCUUAGCAGGGAAUGGGCAGAAUUCCUGCGUUAAGAUUUUUUCAUGUGAAAUUACAAAAUUGCUAUGGCAACGUUUCCUGCAUUUCUUUGCCAAAAUGGCGUCCAGAUUUAAAGGUGCUACAUAUGAAGAUGCCAUAGCAUUAAAAAAGGCUGCAGAAACCUAGGCGCACGAAAAAGUACAAUUAUAAACAUCAUGAAUGAUGGCUUUUUGUCGAAAAAUUCAGAAAAAUUGUACACGACUUAGAGGCUGCUAACCUUAACUUACAAAACCCCGAUGCGUGUCUGUCUGUGUCUCAUAAACCUAGGAAAGUUGCAGAGAUUAAAAGUAAAGUUUAAGUGACACAGUGUUUCUUUUACAGUGCCUCGAAGUUCAUUCGCAAGCUUGAUAAACUUCACCGCGACAUUAACCAGACAACCGCUUUGAUCCAAGAACCUUCACCGGAAAACAUGAUCAAUAUGCCCCGCGUGCGGGCAGCUAUGGACUUAUGCAUCGAACAACUUCCCACACUGCUAAAAAUAGAACAGGACGAGGCUGUUUCUGUCACUCAACUUCUCCCACGUGUGCUUUCUCAACUGCGUGCCUUGUCGGUUUACUCCGAGACUGGUAGCUCUGUUGGAGGGGAGGAACGAAUUUCCGAGACCAUGGGUUAUGUCUUGCAAAAGGUACAUACAUGUAUAUUAAUAAUGGUAAUAGGACUGAGUGCAGUCGGUCCAAUCCGGUCUGUAAUCGUACGAAUGACUGUGGGAGUCCGAUUUGUUUAAUCACCAGUGUGACUACGGACCGAAUUGUAACUAUAACAAAACUUGUAAUAUUUUAUGAUAAGCUUUUUUAAAAUUAAAACAAAAUAUUCCGAGAGUUUCUAGCUAGCAGUGAAAGAAAAAAUUCAAUUGCGCCCGCGCGAUGGUGCGUACUGUCCUAACUGUCACCUAUUAAUGCUCAAAUCAGAACAACGAGAAGAAGUUUUAAACAAUCAUCCAACCUAAAUUCCAAAAAGGUAUCAGUUCCUGCUGUUCUAAGGUUAAUCCUUAGUCUGAGCUGAUGAGAAAGGUGUUAACCACUUUAUCGAGCUUUAGCAACGAGAACGCUGACGUCCCGGACCGAAGUUCGAUGUCUCGCUUGAUGUAACCCUUCUGUCCCAUACAACGAAUCUGAAUGCCUUUGUUUUAACACCUGCUGUACGAAUUUGUCGAGUCACAGCACGGAAAGAGAGAAAAUAUCAACCUCCGGUUGCCAUUUCUGUCGUCCGGGACGUCAACGUUGUCGUCGUAACGAUUAGAUUGAUACCUGGCCUUGUUCAGUCUUUCAGUACAAGAAGGCAAAGUUUGUGAGUUUUCUGUCUUGUAGAGUUAUGCCCCAUUCACAGCAACUAAACUUGUUUACUUAAACUAGAUUUUAAAAAAUGAAAAACAGGAACAGAAAACCUGAACACAGGCCUCUACACAAAAUAUAAAUGAACUUUAAAACCUAACAUAAUUGCAACAAAUUUACAGUAAAGAAAAGUACAGUAGGCAGCUUUUAUAAAGAAAACAAAUUUAAACCAUGUCUACGUAAACACGGCUUUUAAACAUGUUUAAGCUUAGGUGUGAAUAGGGCUUGAGAGAAAAUGAUUGAAAAAUCAUGGGCAGGAUCAACUUUCGGUGUCCAUCUUUGGGAAGGAUCCAUCUUGGAGAGUUGUCCGUUAAAAACGUGGCGACUGUAUUUCUUUUCUGUCUACGUUGAUUUCAGGAAUGUCAGUGGUUCAACUGUCUACUCUAUUACAUCCGUCACUCAUUACAAGUACUGGAGCAUUGCGUCCUUGGCGGCUCACCCGCAAUUCCGCCCUCUCUUGCGUCCGUUGUUGACUCACUCCAGUGUGACAUGGUCCCCACUGAUUGGCUACAUCCGGAUUCUCAGCCCUCCCCCCACAUAUUAACGUCCUGGCUGAAAG